AUGCCAUCUGACAACCGUAAACGGGGCGGCAAGCAGACCACUGCUGGCCGCUCCUUGAAGAAGUACCUGCACGACAAGGAAAGCGAUGAGUACAAGACUCGCAGGCAGCGCAACAACGUUGCCGUGCGCAAGAGUCGGGACCGCAGCCGCAAGAAGGCGGAGGAGACACAGGAGCGGGUGCAGCAGUUGAAGGAGGAGAACCAGCAGCUGGAGAGCAAGGUCAUGCUGCUGUCCAAAGAGCUGAGUCUGCUCAAGGAUCUCUUCCUGGCUCACGCUAGGGAAGUACCAGAUCCCAGCACCACCUUCGGUCUGUACACAGCCGGCCCGGAUGUCGCCAGCCGUCUGCAGAACCAGGAGGUCAAUUCGGAGCAGCCGGGCAUGGAGUCAGCCAAUAACCAGCUGACUCAGGCGUCAUCUGAUCAUACCUACGUUGUGACAGUUAACCAGGAGGGGGUGAAAACGGAGGCGUGAUCCAUGGCCCCGUGUCUCUGAUAUCACUUUGGAGACAUUUGUGUAAAUAAUAGUUGAAGAGAAAGAAAUGAAAAAAACAAAAUAUCUCGUAAAAUUUUGUUAUACCCCCUCCUUAAAGACAGACCGCCACAGUGCAUUGCCAUUGAUAGCAAAUCCUUUUAUAGUUAGCUGACAAGUC